AUGGUAAACUUCAUGGACGGUAACAAGAGUGUCAUGUCAGAUUACUGGUUGAUUGACAACCACAGAGAACUGACAAAAAUGCUGUCUGGACUGGAUGUUGAUAUGAAGGACUUUAAACAUUCAUUGAUAUACAGUAAAGGAGAAAUCAGUGAAGGGGUGAUGGAGAAUAUGAUUGGAAAGAGUCAAGAUUUAAAUAGUGUCAGUUUGACUGAGACAAUCUCAUUUAGAUAUGGAGAUAGACUAAUGGUUGUAUUGAGGGCAUUGUGUGAAGAUUAUUGUUACAUAAGAGAAGCAGAUUUACCUUACACUGAACAAAUAAACAAAGAAGGUGAUGUCAUACAUGACUAUGAGUACCAGGAAGACGGCCAGAACAGACUGUUUACAUGGUCACGCAGAGUCACACAGAACAGUAACAGUGAUAUCUGUGUUAUGAACCAUACAAGUGACACUACAGGUGAUCUAGUGAUUAUGUCUCCCUCUGGUCGUAUGAAGUUUGUAUACCUUGGACAGAAGCUGACUAAGAACUUCAAGCCAUCUAAUGUAGUAUGUGACUCCCUCUGUAACAUCCUUGUUAUUGACUAUAACAACAAACAGAUCCAUCUGCUGAGUCCUGACGGAGAGUUCUUGAAGUUCUUACUGACAAAAAAUGAAGUGAACCAUCCAAUCAGAUUAUCACUGUACAAGUGUACACUGUGGGUAGAGUACUGGGAAGGACUUAUCAAAGUGCUCUAG